AUGUCAGCUGCAGGAGAGCCCAUGUAUCCCAAGCAGGCGGGGAACCUGAAGAAGGGUGACUACAUUGUCAUGAAGGACGUUUUCCCCUGCAAGGUAACGGAGAUUUCGACCUCCAAGACGGGCAAGCACGGUCACGCGAAGUGCUCCAUCACCGCGGUCGACAUCUUCACGGGAAAGAAGUACGAAGACUCGUGCCCCUCGUCCCACAACAUCAUGUGUCCGAACGUCUCCAGGACGGAUUAUCUGUUGAUCAACAUCGACGACGAGUACGCCUUCUACUUCGACCAGAACGAUGCAGAGCAGCAGGUUAGGCUCCCGCUGGAGAACGAGGAGCUGGUGGCAGACCUCCGCGCAGCCUUUGAGGCCGGGGACAAGACGAUCAUGAUCAACAUCCAGAGGGCAAUGAACACGGAGGGCAUCGUUGCCUUUAAGACAGAGACGAAUAAGUAA